AUGAAUCGUAAUAUUUUAACGGUUAUUAUUCCAAUUGUUUUUGCAAAGUUUGUUCUGUGCACAGUCCACACUGGAUCAGCUCAACCCUUAUUUGAAGAUGAAGUUGGUGUAGAAAGGUAUAUCGUUGAAGGCAGAGUUUUUCCACCGGAACCUAACGAAGCAAGCAAUUGGCAAAUAGACACAAGAAUACAUAUUAAUGGUGGCGAGUAUAUUGGAUUCGUAAAAAAUGACGGGUCAUUCACUGUACACAAUGUACCUUCGGGGUCGUAUGUCGUUGAAAUUGUGCACCCCGACUAUAUGUAUGAGCCCGUCAGAGUAGAAAUUAACUCCAAAGGCAAAAUAAGAGCAAGAAAAGUAAACUACAUUCAGACAUCACAGGUUAUUCAAGUACCCUACCCUCUGAAAAUGAAAUCAGGGUCUCGAUGCAAAUACUUCCAAGCAAGAGAACAAUGGAGAGUUACUGACUUCCUAUUUAACCCAAUGGUCAUUAUGAUGGUGCUGCCUCUAUUCCUUAUUAUGAUUUUACCCAAAAUGAUGAAUGAUCCAGAAACAAAAGAAGACUUAAAGCAAAUUAGUAAUAUGACCAAAAUGUCUGAUUUCCCAGAAAUGUCGGAAUAUAUAACUGCAAUGUUUAGCGGAGGUGCAAAGCCUAGUGCUUCAAAAGCCAAACAAGUCAAGAAAAGGCAGUAA